UUCCAGGUAGUCUCGUGAAAUUUGCAACGUAAGGUUUAAGCGGACUCAAAAGCUCAUCUGCUCAGCUUCUUCGACGUAUUUGCUUCUUUUCCUAAGCCAAGCAAGACACAAUGGCCUGUGAAACCACCUCUCCUACUAAUUCCUGCAGUCUCCUUGGUAGCAACAAGGACUUCACUCAUUCUCUGCUAGCCUUUGAGGGCAGUUUCAGCUCCACCCGUCCACUAGACGAGCUACCAAACAUCAUCCCCUCAACUGGAGAAUUACAACUAUCUGCAGCCCUUGACACUGCAAGCCCUCCUCCCAUCUUUGAAGCUAGCACCCAUAUAAUCCCCACACCCCCUCCCCAGACCUGCAUCUUGUCUCCUAGCUCACUCUCGCAUUACUCUCCAGCUAGCUCGAAUGCCAGUGAAUACAUAAAAUGCUACUCUGUGGAACCAACUCCAAUUUCAUCUCCUGAAGGAUCUAGUUGCCCUGAUGACCUCUUUAUUCUUUCUACUUGCUCUAACUCUAACCAAUCUCUCUCCCUUUGCUCACCAGCUCGUGGUUCGAUUACUGAGCACUUGCAAGAAGGUCAUGCUAUUAAUAUGCAGCUAGGAGAACUGGAGGAGCAAAAUAAUGGGGAUAUAAAUAUCCAAAAUGUGUUUGUGGCUGAAACUGAAGAUGCUCAACCAUUGCAGAAGCAAGAAGAUGCCACCACAAUGCAUACAAGCAGUGUUGAAUUGAAAGAAGCCCGUCCAAGCUCUCCUAUUAAGGCCAAGCAGGACACUCUACCGAGGAACAUCAAACUACCGCAGAGAAAAGGUGGUAUGCAGUUAUGGCAAUUUCUGUACGCUCUACUCGGCAACUCAGCUUCCAGCAAGUAUGGAAAACUGAUCGAAUGGACUGCAAAUCGAAACUCAAGAGAAUUUAGACUCCUAGAGCCUGAGGCUAUUGCAAUUUGGUGGGGAGAACACAAGAGCAAGAAAAACAUGAGCUACGAUAAACUCAGUCGCUCUCUUCGUUACUACUACGACAAAGGAAUUAUUCGCAAGAUCCCUGGGGAACGGUAUGUGUACCAGUUUUGCAUUGACCCUGAGGUCAUGUACAAGCAUAUCGGCAACUCUGACUGUCGACCGAAACUAAAGCCAAUGCCACUGAAUGCUCGCAGAGCUACUACCGACUACCAACUUCGCCACGGUUACAACCCCUCUAUGCUACACCACAAAGACUCAAUCUUUCUCCCACCUGGUCAUCUUAUGAUACCACCGAAUGGGCUCCCAGGCUCGUACUCUCUCAGUGGAUCAGAGAUGCCAUUUCCACCUCCUGAGUAUUCAUCCCUCUCUACCUACUCACCAAGUUACUACGAGAACGCUGCCUAUGCUCCACUAGGCAUGGACAUGUACGCUACAGCUCCCGUCACACCUCCAGCUGGAUUAGAAUACACCACGGAUGACAUCAAACCGCAUCUAUCGUUACGUUCACACCACUAUCUGUAUGCACAAGAAUCCGACGGAUAUGCUCCAUCACCGAUGCAUUCUGGAGUUUUUCUACCUAAUAUGAUGGGACCACCUCCCCUCCAGUCCAUCACCCCACCACACCCACCUAGCGAGGGGAACAGUCCACAGAUGUCCUCGUACCCCCAACACCCUCAGCUAUUGGACGAGCUUAUCGAACCAGCUGGAAACUGCGAGCAGCUGUCGCAUCCACCCAUCAUUUAUUCUCCAUGCAGCGACGGGCCGUAUGUUAGUGGAACAGAGAUGGAGAGUGCUUCUCAGUGGACCUUUAAUUAACUGAUAUAAAUAAAUUAUAUUGAUCCUCAAUUGUGUGAUGCCUCAAAGGCGACCUGUUUUAGUUUUGAAUUCAUUCGCACCCACAAUUCACGUUUAUACCCAAUCAUUCUAAAACUGUACUAGCAAAUCAC